GCUGCAGAGGCCGAGGGGCCGCCGCCCGGAUCCCAGCGCGCGGGCUGCGAAGGCACCACGUGUCCGGCCCGGGCAGGCGCGGGCGGAGCGGGCAGUGCCCGGCUCCCAGAGCCCGAGCGCACACCCGCGGAGGCGCCGGGUGCCGUCCGCACCCGACGCCGGGCCAGCCGCGCCCCGGCCUCCCGGGCGCGUGCGGAUGCCUCCUCCUGGACGGCGCGAUGGGGCCUUUCUGGGAGAGAAAGGGUGCCACCUCCUGGACGGCGGCAGCGGCGGCGCGAGGAGCCGGCGGGCGGCAGCGCGAUGGGACCCCUUCGGGAGACCAAGACGCUGAGCCCAGAAGGAGCAGACUGGAGUUCAGAGGGGGCAACAAGUGUCCUUUUGUUUUCUCUCUGGUGUCCGACUUGGAGAUGGAGCUGAGAGCACAGCGUCAUGAGAAGGAGAUCGCCCGAAGCCGGAUUCCCCGCUUGAUUCUUCGGCCCCAUCUGCCUCAGCAGCAGCACAAGGUGUCCCCAGCUUCUGAGUCUCCCUUCUCGGAGGAAGAGAGCAGAGACUUCAACCCCAGCAGCUCUGGGCGCUCAGCGAGGACCGUGAGCAGCAACAGCUUCUGCUCAGAUGACACAGGCUGCCCUAGUAGCCAGUCAGUAUCGCCUGUGAAGACUCCCUCCGAUGCUGGGAACAGCCCCAUUGGCUUUUGCCCUGGAAGUGAUGAAGACUUUACCAGAAAGAAAUGCACAAUUGGAAUGGUUGGUGAGGGAAGCCUCCAGUCAGCGCGACACAAGAAGGAACAGAAGUCAGGCCUUGUAAAGCCAGCACACAGGGUCCGGUGUGUAUCGAGGGCACAGUCGACAUUGGUUGAUCUCAACAGCAAAGGUAGUGAAGCCGAUUUUAGCUCCUCGAGCAGCACCGGCAGCAUCUCGGCUCCUGAGGUCCCCAUGUCUGCCGCCGGGAGCAAGCGGUCCUCUUUCUCACGCAAUCGAGGUCCCCACGGGCGGAGCAAUGGAGCUUCGUCCUACAAGUCUGGCAACAGCCCACCCUCCCCGCGGGAGAAGGACCUUCUGGCCAUGCUUUGCAGGAACCAGCUGAGUCCCGUGAACAUCCACCCCAGUUAUGCGCCUUCUUCCCCCAGCAGCAGCAACUCCGGCUCCUACAAAGGAAGUGACUGUAGUCCUGUCAUGAGGCGGUCUGGAAGGUACAUGUCCUGUGGUGAAAAUCAUGGUGUCAAACCCCCAAAUCCAGAGCAGUACUUGACUCCUCUGCAGCAAAAAGAGGUUACGGUGAGACACCUGAAGACCAAGCUCAAGGAGUCUGAGCGCCGACUGCAUGAGAGGGAGAGUGAGAUCGUGGAGCUGAAGUCCCAGCUGGCCCGAAUGCGCGAGGACUGGAUCGAGGAGGAGUGCCACCGGGUGGAGGCCCAGCUGGCCCUCAAGGAGGCCCGGAAGGAGAUCAAGCAGCUCAAACAGGUCAUCGAAACGAUGCGGAGCAGCCUGGCCGAUAAAGACAAAGGCAUUCAGAAAUAUUUUGUGGACAUCAACAUUCAGAACAAGAAGCUGGAGUCGCUCCUGCAGAGCAUGGAGAUGGCGCACAGCGGCUCGCUGAGGGACGAGCUGUGCCUCGACUUCCCCUGUGAGUCCCCGGAGAAGGGCUUGGUCCUCGGCGCGGCCUUGGGGCCGACGGAGGAUGCUCUGUCCUCCGAGGAGCCGGCCACGGAGGAAGGGGCCGACAGCGAGCUGCUGGGGGCAGACGGCGCGGCCCCCGUCGAGGAUGUGUUGGAGGAGCUGGUGACAGGCGCCAUCCCGGAGCCGGAGCUGCCCGGCGCCGAGGUCGUGGCGCUGGGCGGCGAGGCGGCGGCGGCGGGCCGCGGAGGGCGCCGCGCGGUGGCGGAGCGGGCGGUGCAGACCGACGUGGUGCCCUACAGCCCGGCCUUCUCCGAGCUCCUCCGGCACGUGCUCCGGCUGCAGGACCCCUGUCCCUCCUCCAGCGCCGCGACCCCCGACGAGGAGUCCGGGGACGACUCGACCGAUAGCUUCCCGGAGCCCAUCUCCGCCUUCGUGGUCGAUUUAACUCCCCGGAAUCCCAACUCGGCCAUCCUGUUGUCUCCUGUGGAGACCCCGUCCCCCGCGGCCGGGCCCGAGGCGCGUGGGAACCGCCUCAUGAGAGAGCUGGAUUUUGCGGGCUCGGAAGCAGCGGCGGCGGAGGAGGUGAGGCCAGACGGCCCGGGCCCACUGGCCCGCGCGGGGGGCAUCGCCGGGCGCUACUGGAGCCGCAGCUUCCUGGUGGAUCUGCUGGCCGUGGGGGCCCCCGUGGUCCCCACGGUGCUGUGGGCGUUCAGUACUCAGAGGGGGGGCACGGAUCCCCUGUACAACAUCGGGGCCCUGCUGCGGGGCUGCUGCGUGGUGGCCUUGCACUCGCUCCGCCGCACCGCCGAGCACAUCAAAACCUAAAGAGACGAUGUGGCUUCGGGGCGCGGGGGGGGGGCGGGGGGUGGGCCCGCCUGCCCUGCCCGGUGCGGAACGGUGCCCGGUGGAGAAGCCGCGGGGUCGACCGGUGGCGGGCCUGGUUCUGUCGUUCUUUGCUCCUCGGUAUUUGAUUUGCACUAUAUUUAGUUGAAAGCCUGUUCGCUGUUGAAAACAGGAGGUAUCUUCAAAGGCGUGGAGGCCUGGUUCGAGUCAAUGUCCCACCGGUGUGAUAGAGAAAGCAUGUUCGUGACCCUGCCCUUGUCGUCCGAGGUACCCGUGCUUAUUAUCCUAGUGGUUCAGGAAGAGAAAAUGCAGUUUGCACUUUCAAGACAGCUUCUGUAAGGCUGGCAUGCUAUCUCCUUGCUUCGCUUUGUGCCGUUCUUCAAAAAUGUGUAAUUGUUAACAGCAUUCCAAUGGUCUUGUGCAUAGCAGGGGACUGUAACCAAAAAUAAAAAUGUAUUUGUGUAAUGGGUUGGAAGAAGUCUUGAAUAGCUCUUUAGUGUCUUACUUGGGGUUGAUAAGGUUUGAGUGUUUGCAGUUGUUUAUUUUUAACUAAAUGUAGCUCCAGAGUCUGAAAUGGCUUGUGUGUUCCUAAACCUGGUAAUUGAUGAAACUGUAUGUAAGGUUUACAUUGUAUUAACUUAUUUUUUGCUUAUUCUAUAUAGUGUUUUGUUGAAAAUCAUUUGUAACCACACACUUCAGCAUGAUGAAAAUAAAGAUUAGUGUUUCCAUUGAAAUAAAUGUUCUAUCCUCCUAUAAAA